AAAAAGAAGAAGAAGAAGAAACUAACCUAAUUUUGCCACAUUCAACAUAUUUAAGAGAAACACCGUUUACGUUACAAGAUAAUAUUUUCGAUUUAUAAUUGUGGUCUAUACAUCCAUAAUGGACUUUGUUAUUGACGUAACUGGAGACGUACAACAAGACAAUCAACCGAAACCACAAACAAAAGUAAGUUUUGUUAAAGAAUUAUUAAAAGAAUACAAACAGGACCUGUUAACGGAAGUCAAAGCCAAAAAAGAAGCUAAACCGAAAUCGAUUACCGAUGCUUUCAUAGUAGAAAUGGGUUGGACUGGAAAUCCCAAUAUUAAUAAGAAGUGGAAGAAAAAAAUGAAAAAGGAGGUUACGGUAACUGACAAGUCUGAAGUCAAAGAGGCACUAGCAAAAUCAGUAAUCACUCCAGACUUUGAAAAACUGCAUGCGGUGCCGCGAUAUGAUGUUUCAGAGAAAAAACUAAAACAAGAAAGACAAAAAGAUAGGGAGAAGACUAAAGGUAAAAAAUGGUAUGGACUUCCAGCAACUGAAGUGACUGAGGAAGUAAAAAGGGACUUGGAGAUCAUACAAAUGAGGUCUGUCUUAGAUCCUAAACAUUUCUACAAGAAAAAUGAUUUAAAAGUCUUGCCAAAAUACUUUCAGAUAGGCAAAGUUAUGGAUUCACCAUUGGAUUAUUACAAUAACCGUCUGACAAAAAAAGAACGUAAGAAGUCGUUGGUCGAUGAACUGUUGGCAGAUGCUGAAUUUAAUAAGUUUAACAAGAGAAAAUACAAAGAAAUAAUUGAAGAGAAGCAGAAAACUCAUUAUAAGGCUUGGAGGCAGGCUAAAAGGUUGAAAAAGAAAAAAUAAAAUGUUAUAUAUAAUAAACUGUUUUUACAAUAA